GUGGCGAACUGACGAAAAUUCAAUAACAAAUUUUGAUCGCGAAGGAGUGCAAGUGGAAUCACGUAGUUGGUUUACAGUUAGUGACCUGGCUGAGCGCAUACGGAUAUUAUUACCAUCAGUAAAACUGUUAUAAAUACGUUGAGAUGUUAAGUUUGGCGAAGUGGUCUUUACUGGCUGCCGGUGUGUCGCUGUUGGCGCUUCAGAGCAUCUGUCAAAAUGUUUUGCCCCAAGAUCAACAAGACCCUAGACAAGGAAGAGACCUUUUGGAUUGGAUUGGGCUCGGAACAGGACCGGAAACUGACCCAUAUUUAGCAAAAACCAAUGCCGCUUGCUUGAAUGGAGACCUGGCUGAAUGUUUUAAAUCUAGAGCUCUUUCAUCGUUGGACGAAUUUUUUAAUAAACCCUUCUAUCAUCUAACGGAAAACGCUAAAAUUUUACGAAUGCCCGUAAACCAACUGAGGGAGAUAGCUCAAGAACCUUACGAGUUUUCUCAAAGUCCACGUUCUGACGAGCCUGAGUGGGAUCAACUUGUCAAAUUUGCAUUGAGAAAGGUGGAAAAAUUCCUUAAAUCCUCAGCUAUAGAAGUUGAUAUUGAUAAUGACGUGUCCGAAAAUGGCAGAUAUUCCCCUAGAUUUAUUGACGAAAUUGCCGAUGAAAUUGACACGAUCGAAGAUAAAAAAGACACUUUUAUAAAGAGAAAACAACUGAAAAAGCUCUUUAUCCCAAUGCUCAUAAUCCUCAAGCUCUUCAAACUCAAGCUCCUCUUAUUCCUGCCCUUAAUCCUAGGCCUAGCCUCCUUCAAAAAACUCCUCGGUCUCCUGGCCAUCGUGAUCCCAGGAUUGAUCGGUUUCUUCAAACUCUGCAAGCCUAACCUGCAAAGCGGUUUCACCGGUAACUAUUUCAACCAAGGGCCUCACUAUUCACCGGCUGGUAUUGCCUAUCAACCCCAUUACAAGGAACAACCAAGUUUUGUACAUCAGGAGUAUCCAGAGCACUACCAUCAUGGGCAUGGUGGUGGUGGUGUUCAUUUUAGAGAUGAGCAUCAAGCCCAGGAUUUAGCCUACAAUGGGUGGAAUCAGUAUAGGAGUAAUGAAAAGGAUAUAGAAGCUGAGGGAGAGACUACCUCCAAAAAAAGUAUUUUGCCUGAUAAUUAAUUAUGAUUGAAGUG